AUGCCAGCGGCAGCAGCGAGCCGUCCUGGCGAGGCGUGGCGGCGGGCGGGGCGGGCGGAGGAGCUGGUGGCGGGGCUGGCGGCGGGCGACGCGAAGGUGCGGCUGCGCGCCGUGCGCGACGUGAAGAACGCCGCCAUCGGCAGCCGCACGCGCAAGCUCGCUUUCAUCCGCCUGCGAGCCGUGCCCAGGUGCGCCUCUCUUCCCCGCGCGCGUCCCUCCUCCGCGCGCCUCCCUCCUCCGCGAACCUCACUCCUACGCGCGCCGCGCCGCGCUCUUUCCCGCGCCUCCUUCCCUGCCCCUCUCUCCCCUGAAACCACGGCUGCGCUCUCCACGCGGCCUUUUUCCGUACCACCGCCCCACCGCGCGCCUUACUGUUUCCGCGCCCUUCUGUUUCCGCGCCCUGCUGCUUCCCGCAUCUCCGUUCCCUCUCCAUCCGAUUCUCUGAGGGGGCACUGGAUGGGGGAGAGAGGUUUGGGGAGUGGUUUGGGGAGUGGUUCGAGUCAGUGUGGUGGGGAGUGGUUUGGGCUGGUGGCCAUGCUAGAGGGAGCGGACGGAAUGGAAGGGGCGGAGGGAACGGAGGGGGCGGAGGGCGAACAGGGUGCGGAGGGGGCGUGGGGAGCGGAGGAGGUGCAGCAGGCGGCGGCAGCGGUGGGCAGUUUGGCAUGCGGGCUGCCGGAGGGCGUGCAUGCCGUGCUGGCUGCUGGGGCCGUGCUGCCGCUGCUGCGCUGCUUGCUGCACCCGCACACCAAGCUGGCGGAGGGCGUGCUCCCGCUGGCUGUCUGGCUGGCAGUGGGGGCCGUGCUGCCACUGCUGCGCUGCCUGCUGCACCCCCAUGCCAAGGUGGUGGAGGCAGCUGCAAGGUCACUGCGUCUGAUCUUCCAGUCCACUCCUGCUCUGCCACGUGGCAGCACUGCUGCAGGGGAUUGGCUCUCGCCCGCCCUCACCCUGCUGCCGUCCCUGCUCGCCUCCCCCAACGAGACAGUGUCAGAGGUGGCAUCCAGUGUGGCAGUGCACAGUGUGCACUCGCACCAGCAACAAGAAGCUUUUGGGCUCUUCAAUUCAAAGCACCCCUUCCAGGUGGCAGCCCGUGUUGCAGCGCACUGUGUGCACUCGCACCAGCAGAAGGCAUCGUUUGAGGCGCUUCAAACCAAAGCACCCCUUAACCCCCCACCCUUCCUCUGCCUAUCAACCAGGUUGCAGCCAGUGUGGCAGCGCACUGUGGCAGCGAGUGUGGCAGCGCACUGCGUGCACUCGCACCAGCAGCAGGCAGCGCUGGCAGCAGCAGGCGGGCUGCUGUCGCUCUCGCGCCUGCUCGCGUCGUCACCGCGCUGCACCGAUGCCGCUCUGCUCGCCCUGGCGGCGGCUGUCAAGGGCAACCGGCAGCAGGCCGCUGCUCUCGUAGAUAUGGGCGGGGGAGCAGCGCUGGCGGCGGUGGUGAGUCUGACGCGCCACCCAUCCCCCACCACGCGCCUCAAUGCCUGCCGCUGCCUGCUGCACGUCGAGGCAGCUCUCUGGCCACACGGCGGUGCCAUCACUGCGGUGCCCCGCUCCUUUCUCCAACACCCCGCUCCCGCCCUCGCUGCCCUGCCCGCUCCUCCUGUCUCCUCCGCAGUUCCACCUGCCACCACCGCUGCUGCCCCUGCCUGUGCUACUGCAGCGGCGGCUUUGCCCCCUGCCACAGCAGCUGCAGCGGCGGCUGCGAGCGUGAGGGUUGAGCGGGUUGCACGCAGCAGCAGCGGCGGCGGCGGCAGCAUUGCGGGGGAUGGGGGUGGACGGGCGGGUGGGCGGGGCGGUGGAGUGAAACGGGAUGCAUGGGGCGGGUUGAAGGCAGGCGGGAUGACCAAGGGCGAUCGGGGCAUGUGGCCGCGGCAGCAAGGGCACGAGCAGGCGGCGUGUGGGCGGGAGGGUGAGGAGGGGCGGGCGCAGCACGUGGUGUGCGGGGCGCUUUUGUCCCCUCGCACAGGGGCCCACACGCCUGCCACCGCGCCCACACCUGCUACUGCUGCCAGUGGCGAGAGGCCGAUGCGCGUGGGGGUGGGUGUGGGCAUGGGAGUGGGCGUGGGGGCGGCAGCGGCGGUGGAUGUGAACGUGGCGGCGGUGGUGCUGGUGGCGCUCAUCAACCUGCUGCCUCUCCCCGACCAGGUGGGCGAGCAGGCGCCGAGGCUACUGCAGCAGCUGCUGGGCGGCAGGGAGGACGUGCAGUGGGCGGCCUUCAACGCCCACGCGGCCUCCGAGCUCGUCGCUCUGCUCCGCCCCGCCCCCACCGCUGCCUCUUCUCCUUCCCCCAUUACCUCCCCUUCCUCGCUUCCCAUCCCCUCCUCCUCCGCUUUUCCCAUCCCCUCCUCCUCUUCCCCUCCUCCCAUCCCCCCAUUUCCAUCCUUCCCGUCGCCGCUCAUCCCCUCCUCCUCCUCGCCUCCCACUGCCACUGCUACCAGGCCACUCUUCUCCCGCUCUCCACCCGUGGGGCAGGUGAGAGAACAAGCACUGCACGUACACCCCCCUCUCUGCACCCACGAUGCGUAUUGUCUCACACAUUGUGUCUUCCCGCCCUCUCUCUCUCACCGCUCCCCUCCCCUUCCUCUCUUUCCCACCAACCCCCUCCCACAGGUGCUACAGCCUCUGCUGCGCUGCCUCGAUGCCUCCCAACCCAUGCCCCUGCGCGCUGCUGCGUGCUCUUGCCUGCACUCACUCGCGCGCUCCAUCAAGAAUCUCCGCACGGGCCUGUCCACGGCGCCCAUCAUCCUCGCCGUGCUCAACCUCGCCGCCUCCCCCGACCCCUCUGCCCAGCUACCAGCGGUGUCAGCGCUGGCCAAUCUGCUGCUGGACUUCCGAGGCGACACGGGUGCUCUCGUGGAUGCAGGGCUGCUCUCCCGCAUGGCUGAGCUGACAGCUGGGGUUGUUGGGAAGCGUGAGGGGUGGGUGCGAGAGGAGGUUGUGGAGGGGAGAGUGGGGGAGAGAGCGGACGGGGGUGUUAAGGGAAGAGUGGAGGGGAUUGUGGACGAGGGUGUGAAGGGGAGUGUGAAAGGAAGUAUGGAGGGGAGUGUGGGGGAGAGAGUGGGGGUAGCAGGGCAGGUGGUGGAGCGCAGUGUGAUGGUGCUGCGCAACGUGGCUCACUCCGCCACCACACCCGUCAAGCAACAACUGAUCGCCCUCCUGCUGCCCGCUACCCUGCCCGCCCUGCUGCAAGGUGGGUGUCCCACUCGCGUCCCAUUCUCUCCAACCGUGCAGGCGGCAGCGCUGCUGCGCAACGUGGUGCACGGAGCAGAGGAGCACGCCCACCUGCUGCUGGCCCCCGCUGCCCUCCACGGCGCUCUCCUGCGCCUCCUCGCCGCCAAACUGCUGCCCGCCCGCCCUGUGGCCCUCUCUCCAGCCACAGUGGGAGGUGCUAUGAGGGGAGCAGGGAGAGGAGCAGUGAUAGGAGUGAGAGGAGCAGCGAGAGGGGAUGCAGAGGAGGAGGGCGUGGAGGAUGCGGAGUGUGAGUUGGCGGCAGUGCGGCGAGCGCACUAUGCAGUGCGAUUGGAGGCCAUGCUGGCUCUGAGCAACGUGGCAGCAGGGGGCGCACAGGCCAAGGACUCGGUGCUGCCGCUGCUGCUGCUGCCCGCCGCCAAGGUCAGGGAGCUUGAAGCGUGCUGGCAGGCAGGCAGAGGGGGUGAAGCAGCCACGUGUGAUACACCAGGCCCAGGGAAUGGGGAAGCAGGUGGAGCAAAGGCGGUGGCAUGCAGUGUGGCAGGCUCAAGUGCAAGUGCUUGUGCUGCUGCUGCCGGACGAGAGGGAAAAGGAGAAGCGCUGGCAGCCACACUUCCGCUGCAUUCCCUCCACCACCACCCGCCAUCCAGCCCUUCCCAGCCCAACGCUACCCCCUCCCUAUCCUCUGCACGACUCUCGCCCCCUCCUCCCCCUCUCAUCCUGCACCUGCUACGCCUGCGUGGCUGCACAUCCCUGCGCCUGGCCUCUCUCUGGUGCCUCGCCAACCUCUGCCGCCCUGCCUGCCCGGGGGCUGACAGGCGAGCUGCUGCGGUGAGGGCAGCAGAGGGCCUGGUGGUGCAGUUGGAGAUGCUGGCAGCGCAAGGGAGCUUCGACAUUGCUGUAAGCCACGCACACAUGCACACGUGCACACGUGCAGACAUGCAAUCGCUCUCUGCUAGUGUGUUGCUGUGA